AUGGCCCCAAGCGGUGAAAGAUACAGGUGGAGUGAGGAUAUGGAAAAACGACUACUUGUCCUUCGAGAGAGACAGGAUGAUUUCACCUCCAUCCAAACAACCUUGAACAGCGAAUACAAUACAAACUUUACCCUCUUUGCUGUCCGCAAUAGAUAUUAUGUCAUCAAGAAUAAGGGCGACCGAAACAACCAAGAGUCUACGGCUACGGACGAUGAGCUUUAUUCCGCGAAUGAGCUUUAUUCCGCGAAUGAGCCUUGA